AUGCACUUAAAAGAAAUGUCAAACGAGGUGAAAUUACAUGGAAUCAAGUGCUAUAAUAUACAGGCAAGAGGAAUCAAGCAUUUUUCGUACUGUCGUGAGCUAAAAAAGUUGGCAGUAUUAAGGAAUGAUUUCAGCAUAGAAAUAUGGAAUUUUAUUGGUGCUCCAUUUAUAGAGCGCGUUGUUACUGGAAGUACUGAUUGUUUUAUAGAACAAGUUUGUUGGGUUGCUGAAAGAUUAUUCGCAAUUUCAGUUUCUGGAGAAGGAAUAAUUGAAUACGAUUUAAAAACACUGUCGAAAAAGAGAAACUUAUUGCUUACAGGCGACAAAGGAAUUUGCCUAGAUUAUCAUAAGAAAACAGAGAGAAUUGCCAUUGGAACUGAAGAAGGUUUCAUUAAUGUUUUUGAUGUUAGUGACGAUGAUUUACAGUAUGUCAAAGUUUUGGAUAGACAAGAUCACAGAAUAGUCUGUUGUAAAUUUAAUGAUACAGGCGAUUGUAUAAUUUCCGGAUCAAUUGAUGCUGUAAAAAUUUGGAGCCUGAAAACUGGUCAUGUAAUACACAAAAUGAGUACUGGAAGAGCUGAACAGCAUCAAGAAACGAUUGUUUGGUGCGUAGAAGUGUUAAAGGAUUUCACAAUUAUAACUGGAGACUCGAGAGGAAGAAUUACUUUUUGGGAUGGAAAUCUUGGUACACAAAUUGAUUGGAUUCAAACGUCCAAUUACGAUUUAAUGUCAUUAACUACUUCUGAAGAUGAAAAUGCAUUUUAUUGCUCUGGUAUUGAGCAAAUUGUUAGGAAGUAUGUUAAAAUUAAAACGACUAAAGACAACACAGAUAUUGAUCAGUGGAUCAGAACUGCAAAGAGGCACAAACUUCAUACACAUGAUAUUUUGACAUUAGCUAGGAUAGACAAUGAGCAAAUAGUAUCAGGUGGAGUUGAUGGAUUUUUAUCAAUUUCGACAGGAGAUUUAAAAAUCGUUGAUAAAAUUGGACCAUUCUUAAAACGUCCUUUUGCUAUAACAGCAGAUGAAUCACGAAUGAUGCUAAUGAUUUACCCGAAUUAUUUGGAAUUAUGGAAAUUGGCAACUCCAAGUGAAAACAUUUCUGAAGAGAAAAGGGAAUCAACAGAAAUUGAGGACGAAGAUGAAAAUGGAUUAGAAAAUUUGAAAUUAUUUUCAAAUGGAAGACAAAGCAAUUUCUAUAAAAUCAGCAAGUACCCUGAAAAGUAUUUAGAGCUCCGAAGUAAACAAGAUGAAAUGGUGGUGUGUGCUGCAAUUUCGAAUAAUGGAAAAUGGAUUGCAUACUCGACAGCAACGUCGGUUAGACUCUUCCAUUUUGACAUCAUUCAAGGCUCAAAACCAGAGCUUAAACGUGUUAAAAAUAUUCCAAACGAACUUACUAAUUGCACUUCUAUGACCUUCUUGCACGAUUCAAAUGCGCUCAUAACAGUAAAUGGCACCACAUGCAUGCUUUUUGAUUUAAGCUCAGGCUUAAUUGAGCAUCAUCAAACAAUCAGUCUUGCUGAAUACCACAAAGACUUAGUUCAUUUAAUGACAGUUUCAAGUUGCUCAAAAUAUUUAGUAUUUGCAAGUUUGUGUAAUAAUGUUAGUAUAUGGAGCUUGAAAAAAGGCAAAUAUGCUUACAGCAACAAUUUACCAAAAUACACAUGUCCACCUACAUCCAUCAAAAUUCGAGUUAAUCAUCCAACACUUGUAAUUGCUUAUGCAGACAAUAGAAUUUUUGAGUAUGAUUUAGAAGAGUUUUAUAUCCAAUUCGGAAUGAAUUUAUCUGAAUCAACAUUUGCUAUACAGGACAUUUGCUUAGACCCAAGGAAUCCAAACACAAUCAUUUUUUCACACAACAAUUCGAUUGUUGUCGUAAAAAAGACUAACGAAUUAGAUGAACAAAAAUGCGGCAAGAGAACCAAAAAGUCUAGUGAAAAUAGAAGCCAUACAUACACUAUGAAGGUGGCUAAAAAGCUCGACACGCACUUAAUUCACCUCUACUGGAUGUCGGAUAAUGAGCUAUUAUCCCUUGAAAUGAAUCCAGUUUCAUUGACAGAGAACCUGCCAGCACCACUGAGAAGAAAAAUAUUCGGAGCUAUGUAA